AAAAGUCCUAAGUUCCUGUAUGCCAUUAAAAGAAUAUUCAAUAUAUAUUACAGUAUUUCGGUAAGAUAAUCUGUAACGAUGGAUUCAUCAUGGAAACAAAUAGUUUCCAAAGAGAAGGAUUACUCGCUGGCAUUGUUUUUAUGUUACCUUAUUCGAUAUUGCCAUCGAAAAUAUUCUCGGUUUACAGUCGGACGAAAGCUGAUUUGCUCCAAACGGUUCGAUGAUGUCCUACUGGAAUUUGAGCACGAGCAGAAAAGAACAGUCCUGAUGUUCGAUAUAAAACAACAUCGUUACAGACGUUGGAACUCUGUGACUUUUGUCGACAAUCUGUUAGGUUGUUUCAAAGAAUACCUUAAGCUGAGAGAUUCCAUAAAUACGUCGACACACAAGCUGAUUGUUUGGAUAACCGAUUUUACUAGCAAGGAUGAUAAUUUAAAGAGUUAUCAACCAACAGAUGACAUAUGUGAUCUUUUGGACAGCAUCGAGCCAAGUAUGGGGAAAUACAAAUUAAGAAAAGGUUCCGAAUUAGAAAUAGAGCUCCUGAAACGAGUUGACCCAUUUUAUGAAGUCGCAGAGCGGAUAUCACGAUUGCUGCUUAAAGAAGGAAGAAUUACACCUUUUGCAAUACCGCAAAAAAUUUACGAUAUACUUCUGAAAAAUGUUUUUACAGAAAAUUCUUUCCGUGAGGAUUUUAUACUGGGGAACUCACCCCUUCCACCAGAAGUUAAGCGGUUUCGAGAAAACUUGGAGUGUUUGCUAGCCCAGCUCUUGAAACAUAGAAAUGUUCAUCAAUUCAGGCUAGCAAAGAUUGGGGAUCAUUUACCGUUAAUGAGGUUUGAUUUUCUGAAGUCAGUAAGUGUUGAGGCAUCUGAUGAACUUCAAAAAGUCGAAUCUGCUGCGAGUUUCGAGGAUAUCGACAAAUUCUUUUCGUUGCUAAUAUUUUAUGUCUGCUCUUCUACCGUAUCGGACGUAAGAAAAUUGUUGAAGCAAAAACUUGAUGUGGAAGAGCAGAGAGAACUUUUACAAUUCCAAAAAGUCGGUUCCCAGCUCGUUGAAGCAAAUGUUAAGCAAAUUUUUAAAUGGAUAGAUCUGAAAAAACAAUGCACCUUUGAACUGAAUGAUCUACUGCAAUUCAAAGGUGAAUCAUUGCGCCCUUUAAAACUAGUACUAAGUGAAUAUAUCCGGGAAGCUAAAUUUAACACUUUAUACAUAAGUACUUGUGUGGAUAAUAAUAUAACACUAAAUCGAAUAAUGCAUCUGUUGAAGCAAUAUAAUUAUUCGGAUCGUGUUGUAAUAGCAAACAAACACUCUUUACACCAAGCAAUGGAUUUAAUUGAUAUAGUUAACAGUGUAACACCAUUAAUGAAUAAUUUACCCAUCCUUAUACUAGUGGGAGAAGAUCUGACGCUAUCUUCAUCCGAAUGUUUGAAAGUCCAAAAUCUUAAUUUCCUGCAAAUUUAUGUAGAAUGCGGAAAUAAACUCGGUGUUGGCGAGGAUUUUUGUGAUAGAUUUAGAUUUAGCGACUUACUGGAUGUAAUUCAAAAUCGGCUAUUGAUGAAACCUAUCCUGCUGCAAGAGAGAGAAGUACGUUUAAAAAACCUGCUGGCAAAAACGUGUUUUGAACACAUUUCAGCUGAUGAGUUACUGGACUGGGCUGCCUGCUACCGCCCAUCGAUUGGUUCAGGUGAGUUUCCAUCGCUUCCAAAACAUUUCAUCCAACGAAAUCUUUUUGAUGAUUUCUGUGAAGCGAUUGAUCUAAUUGCGGACAGUUUCGAUCGCCUAACCAUUAUAUGUGGGACGGCAGGUGUUGGAAAGAGUGUUGAACUGUCUAGAAUCGCUAGGUCGUUUCACGAUCGUUAUAGAGAACAUGUAACAAUUCUUGUAAAUUUUAAAGAUAUAAUCCAUCUAUUUCCUAGUAAAAAAGGUCCUCUGGAUAUUAUUAUGAAAUUGAUUGAUAACAAAAAGUUGAACUAUUUUCAAGUUUAUGUUAUAAAGAACAUGCUGGACCAAAGACGCAUUUUCUUUCUACUAGAUGGUCUCGAAGAAGUGAGCAAAUUGAAAGAGGAAAAUAUCAAAAAUAUCAUCAAAUGGAUUUCUUUGGUUCCAUUCACGCGGGUUAUCAUUGCAAUCAGGCCCCACCAGUUAGCGUUAAUAACAGAGAAUCAGUCUAAAUUUGCAAUUAUUCAAUUAAACCCAUUCACCGAAAGCGAACAAUUGAAGUUUUUUAAAAAUUACUGGGGAAACAGUUCAUUGAGCGAAGGACAGGUUCGUGACAUUAUACAACUUUUUGGUAGCGAGCAUAACUUAUUAGAAAAUCCACUGCACGCGUCUAUAGUUGCAGCAAUUUUGGAAGAACAAGCUUUGAACGAUUUAAAAAACAUUAAUUUUUCUACCCUUGCCUCCAUACUAGAAGCAUUCAUCGAUAAACGAUUUCAAAUAUUCGCAAGUAAAUCAUUCGAUUUGUUCAGUCAUGCUCAUGUGGUUAUUUUGCAAACUUUGCGUGCGAAUUUCGAAACCAAGCACGAGCUGCUGGCCUUCCGGCUAUUAACGAAUGAUACGAUUGAUAACAAUGAUUACAUCGAAAUGGAACAGUAUGGUCUAUUGCAGUUUGAAAAUAAUUCCAUUUCCUUUAUCCAUCCAUUUUUUCACGAGUUGUUCUUCGCUCAAUACAUUCUUAAGCAACACAUAAAUCAAGAGUGCUUUAAUAAGUUAAUGGCUGACCGUUUCUGCAAGCCAACUUACAGACGAUUCAACGUAUUCCUUGACCAUCAAGUCGCAAAAGUCAAUCUUGAUCAAACGCUCUUGACAGAGCCCGCAUCAUUCGGAGCAAUCGAUUUUAAUGAUUUAAACCCAGGAAAUAAUUUCACACUAAGCCAGCAUAAAACCAAGCAGAUUUAUGCCUUCUUUAAGUGGACUUGUUCUACCGAUCAACUGCACGACUACAUUCGGACCAGCAUCGCAGAAGAUCUGCUCAACACGUUUGAAGUAAUCUACGACUGUCUACCAGUUUCUUUCGUCAAGACCGUGCGCUUUGGAUUUGAUUCCAUUGCUUGUUCGGUAGACCUAUCAGCGAUUGACGAAGACCGAAUUGUUCGUUUGCUCGACAUUUUCAACAAAAAGCUUCCAAAUGAUUUUAUCGAAAGAGUGAUCACAAAUUUCUCGCCGGAUCAGAGUGACUUCAUCACGGUAGCUAUCAAGCAAAACUAUCCACGUGUAAUCAAAGCUUUAUUCACUAUCGAACAACAUCUCUUCGACGAGGAUGAGAGCGAUCGUUUCUCGGACUACAGUGCGCUACGCUGGCGGCAGUAUCUUCAAAUGGCAAUCGUGCACGAGCGCAUUAAUCUGUUGAACAUUGUGUUCGACGGCAUCGACCGUCGCUUCCAUCCGCGAGUGACAAAAUAUUUUCUUAUGGAGGAAAAUAUCAUGCAUGCGUUAGUCGAAGCUUGCCGAGAAGCUGAGGAAACUGCGCUCGAAACCGUGCAACGAAUUCUGCGCUUUGUGCAAGAGCACCUGAGCUUAACAGAUAUUGAGCAUUUAGUCGAGGAAGAAUGUGGAUCAAUCACGUGCGCAGAAUUAUUAGCUAAUGUCAAAAAUUCUGCAGUUCGGGGUUUGAUAUCAUCGGCAAUUUACCCGCGAUGAAAUUGAAAACGUAAGGAAGGAGCAAUACCAAAAAUAGAAGGACCAUAAUUAGUAUCAACAAAAGAUAGAAUCUCACUAGUGGCUAUUAUACGUAACUUCUGUUCAAUUAACAAUCUUUACAUCGCAUACAAGAGCAAAUGAUUCCCCACUGGUCGUUACCUGCAUAUAUAUUUGGUUAAGUUAUUUAUAUUAGUUAGAAAAAUCGAAUAUUUUAUUUUAAGCUCACAGUAUUUGUAAAGCGCUAGCUAAUCACCGGGAAAUAAACUAUUAACUUGUUACUUUUGUUAAGAAA